AUGGGAGCUGUUGAAGGUUACAGAGUCGCUGGAAAUGGACCAUUGGGAGAAGCAGAGGACUUGCUUUACCCUGGUGGAAGUUUCGACCCAUUAGGCCCCGCUACCGAUCCGUUCGCAGAAUUGAAGGUGAAAGAGAUCAAGGACGAAAGGUUAGCUAUGAUCACUAUGUUUGGAUACAUUUUUCAAGCCAUUGGCACUGAAAAGGGACCAUUGGAGAAUCUUGCUGACCAUUUGGCCGAUCCGGUUAACAACAACGCAUGGGCAUUUGCCACUAACUUCGUGAGUUUAGUGAUCGAAUUGUGUGUAUUGUGUUUGUUGAAUGUGAUAUUCUUUGGUUCUUAA